CAUACUAAUCUAUAAAAACUUAACAUAAUUAGUUUCUUUCCUUCCUAUUUUUAAACAUAUUCAAUAGUUUAAAUUUUAAUAAGAUGCUUGUCAAACUAAUUAAUUGUGAUUAAUGGACGACGCAACUUUUGCUUUUAGAAAUUCCUUUCGUUGUUAAUCGUGUAAGUUCGUGUUUUGAAUGUAGCAUUAGCGUUUCUACAAAUGUUAUUGUAAAAAAAGUUAUUUUUGGUGAUUAUAUACAUCUCAUUUUACUUAUUUCUUUACAUUAUGUAAUAAAAUAAUAAGUUAGAAAUUUUUUAUGUUAAGAAAUUUCUAAAAAUUGGCUCAAUUAUCCAUCUUAGUUUAUUACGUUAUUUGCUUUGAUUAUAAUCUAGAGAAGCAAAAUGGCAGCCGAUGACAAUACGAGAUAUGGGGAUCUCUGCAGAUUAUGUGCCACAAAAACAAACAUGCUUUUAGGUGUGAAUAUCUUUGGAAACGAAGCUGCUGUGCGUCAAAUUAAUAAAAAGAUCGAAACUUGUCUUCCUAUUCAGAUUCAUCAAACUGACGACUUACCAAAGAUGAUCUGUGAAACCUGCGUUUACAAGUUAGAAAUCUUUUAUGAUUUUCGUGAAAGAUCAGUGAGAACAGAAAACUUAUUGAUAGAGUUACUAAAAGAACUUAGUGCGACCAAAUCUCAUAAUACUUUAAACAAAGUGCCCCCAUCUUUAGGCAUUGGCAAUCUAAAUAGUGCAACAAAAUCUCAUAAUACUUUAAACAAAGUGCCUCCAUCUUUAGGCAUUGGCAAUUUAAACCAUUCAGAUAUAAUUUUGGUUCAAAACAAUGAUUUGCUCAGUGAACAAAGUUUGCAGGACAUUGAUUUCAGUCAGCUAGAUCAUAGACACAUAAUCAUUACAGACAAUGAAAUUAUGUUAAAUCAGCAUAAUGCAAAUAUUACGGCAGCUCACUCUAUGAGUGCCAUGGAUUUGAAUCACCAUGAUUUACCAAGUCACGAACUUUCAAACCACAGUUUAAAUGGUCCAGAUUCAAUGAUAGUCAGCUCAGCAGAUAUGCAUUUGCUUCAGCAUUCAAGAUAUAUGGAAGAGUUGAAUUUAAUACAGUCAGAACAGCAAUUUAUUGCUGAGCAAUAUAUUUUGCAUCAAGAGGCACAAUUGACUACAGCAAGUAAUUCUCAUGAAAUUGAUGAUAUUCAUUCUCAUCCUCAGUCCCACAAUAGUGCAGAUAGAGCACAACAGGAACUUUUUGAAAAUUCCAAAUUGAAUUUAAAUCACGAGCUAUCCAGUACGACAGUAAUGACAUCUGCAGAUGUCAACAUUACUUUGGAUCAAAAAGAUAGCGCCCUUGUCAGUCAGAAGAAAAACGAUACAGCACAUAGUGUUGUUCCUGUUCCUGUUUGUAUGCCUUCACAAAUAAAAGAAGGCUUUGAUACUAGCACCACUGCUUCACAUUCAACUGAAGAUUAUGGCAUUAAUAAAAUAGAUAUUCCAGAAAUAUUGUUGACUUGUACUCUGUGUCAGGAACAAUUUCAUGGAAAAGGAGAAUUUGCAAAACAUUGUGACACACACAUGAAAGAAAAUAAUUUUACAGCGAAUGAAUCAAUGACACCAGAGUCGAAAUAUCAAAUGAGAAUAGAUAAAGAAACAGUGAAGGCUGUCGAAGAAACUCCAAAGAUUACGAUCACAAAAACGGAAACGAAAUUAAGCGAUGCAGAAAGCGAAAGCGACGACGAUGACACUUCAAAUCCAAUACAACAGGAUGAUAAUUUAGAGAACGAUAAACAAGACGAAAAGUGUGCGCCCGUAAGCACAGCGAAACGCAAAAAAUGGAUACCGAAAGAGUGUAAAGAGUGCGGAAAAACAUAUAAGACUAAUUACAAACUAAUAGAGCAUAUGAGAAUACAUACUGGAGAAAAACCUUACAAAUGUGGGUCGUGCGAGAAAGCUUUCAGAUCCAAAAUAGGACUUGCGCAACAUGAAGCCAAUCAUACCGGUAAAUAUGAGUUAUCAUGUCCUACGUGUGGUAAAGGCUUCCAAUGUAAAAGUUAUCUCAUGGUACAUCAAAGGGUUCAUUCGGACGUUAAACCGUAUUUAUGUACUACCUGCGGCCGGCAUUUUAAAACGAAACAAUCUCUUCUGGAUCAUACAAAUAGGCAUUUAGGGCUUAAACCUUACACAUGCGAAGAAUGCGGGAAAGGCUUUAUUACAAAAGGACUAUGUAAAGCUCAUUUAAAAACGCAUUGGGGCAUUGUAAAUAGACAGUUUCUUUGUACAGUAUGUAAAAAGAUGUUUGUGUCCAAGAGCUACCUUCAAACUCAUCUACGAAUACAUACCGGAGAGAAGCCAUUUGCAUGUGAGUUUUGUGAUAAGGCGUUCGUGACGCGGGUGGACUUGAGAAUUCACUCAACUAUGCACACAGGAGAAAAAUCGUACGUUUGUGAAAUAUGUGGAAAAGCAUUCGCUCGCAGAGAUGCCUUGAGGUGUCAUAGACGAUCACAUACAGGAGAACGACCAUACAGCUGUGAAGUAUGUGGUCAAACAUUUACACAAUUUUCGCCGAUGGCAAUUCACAAAAGACUCCAUACAGGAGAAAGACCUUAUCCCUGCGAAGUCUGCGGCAAAACCUUCGUUUCUAGAUCCACAAUGAUGUGUCAUUAUAAAAAGCACAGCAAACAAUGAUCAGCUCUAUCGUAGAAAUAUAAUCUAUUAAAAAUCAUGAAGACUGUUAUUGAAAACUCAAUUUUAUUACUGUAUCUAAAUUAAGUAUUAAUUUAAUUUUAAUGAAUUAAGUAUACCAAAAAUGUAUAAUUUUUAAUAAAAUGCCACAGAA